AUGGUGGAGUAUGAGGCAUGUAUCUUUGGUAUUGAGGCUUCCAUUGAUCUUAGGAUCAAAAUUCUUGAAGUUUAUGGAGACUCAACCUUGGUCAUCAGCCAAGUCAAAGGAGAAUGGGAAGUCCGAGAUCACAAGCUAAUCCCUUACAAGGAGCAUGUCCUUAAGCUGAUCACGUGCUUUGAUGAGAUUACAUUUCAUCACAUCCCUAAAGAGGAGAAUCAGUUGACCGACGCCUUACCAACUCUUUCAUAUAUGUUUAAGGUCAAAUGGAAAAAUGAAGCAUCAACUUUCCACCUCGACUACUUGGACGAGCCAACUUACUGUUUGGCCGCCGAAGACGAGUUCAAUGGCCAUCCUUGGUUCUAUGACAUCAUGAAAUUCUUAGAAAGCCAAGAUUUUCCUGAGAAUUCAUCCAUCACCAACAAGAAGCACCUUCGGAAACAGUCAUCCAAGUUCUUCUUAGGUGGAGGGGUUAUGUACAAAAGGAUUAUGAUUUGGUCUUGCUUAGAUAUGUAG